GUGGGCAUGUUUGAUUGACAGGUGAGGGGACAAACUUUUGUAAGGCCAGUAUAAAACCCCAAUGUCAGGAAUCAGCAGCACUGCAAGUAAAAUCUGAAGAACACAUUCUCAUCUGAGCUGAAUACAACACUGUCCUGACGAUGUCCGACUUUGCUGUGGUUCUGAAUAGCUGGGGCAAGGUGGAAAGCGACUAUAAUGGUUACGGAGGAGAAGUUCUGACCCGUCUGUUUUUGGAGCAACCUGAAACCCAGAAACUCUUCCCUAAGUUUGUUGGAAUCCCACGUGGUGAACUGGCAGGAAAUGCAGCGGUCGCAGCACACGGCGUCACUGUCCUGAAGAAACUGGGCGAGCUCAUCAAGGCAGAGGGAAAGCAUGCUGACAUCCUCAAACCACUGGCUACAUCCCAUGCCAACAUACACAAGAUCGCCCUUAACAACUUCAAGCUGAUCAGUGAGAUCAUCGUUAAGGUGAUGGCGGAGAAGGCCCAGCUUGAUGGCCCUGGGCAGGACGCUUUGAGAAGGGUGUUGGCUGUCGUCGUCAACGACAUAGACCGCUACUACAAGGAGCUCGGCUUCGCCGGCUAGAUGACCUUUGACUCCUCAAGUCCCUAACAUUACUGGGGCCAAAUGGGUGUUUAUUUAGCCAGUGGGAGUAGAGUGUAAUCAAGGCACUUAUAAUUAUUACUAUUUCUGUAAGCAAUGGUUAAACUGCAUAGUAGUAAGCAGCAGAAAUCAACAUCCACCUCAAAAGCAGGAAAAAGCAGAAAUGAAAAACUGAAUUAAUUACUGAGUCCAAAUGUCUGAGCUGAUCAGUUUUGAAAGAUGAAUACAGUUUUUUUUAAACAAUUAAUACUUCUCCACUAAACCACUGUGACUAACAGAAAUUCCAAACUGUUUUCGUAUUGACUGAGUCAUUAGGAGUGUAUGUGUGCCAUCAGUUGUAUGACUUGUACAGUCCCCCCUAUACGGGAAGGUGUGAAUAGGAUAUUCAGAGAGAUUUUCGAAAAUGGAUUUGUCUCAGUUUUACAAUAAUGGUUUUUGCUUAAUAAGGAUUAACAUUUAAUAAGAUUUACUAAAGCAGUUCUUUACAAUGCACUUGUACUUAUGGACCCCACAGCCUAAUAAGAACAGCACAAUUGCCAGUUGUUCUUGUGUUAAUCUCCGUUAGGGUCUCAGGCCAAGCAAACUUAAACAUAAAAAACAAAAGCCAUAAAGAAACAGAUACAGAAAUAGAAAACACUUUUGGAAAGACAAGUGACAUUCUAAACAGGUCAACCAUACAGAAAAAUGGUCUUAAUCAUUGCUAUGUAUUACAAUGACCAUGGCUGAUGGAUAUCAUUUCAUUAAAAUUAAUUUUAGUUACAUUUUAUAUUGUAACUGUAAGAAGACGUCAUGAUACACUGAAACUGAGAUACUGGAUUCGGUAUGGUUUUUAAUUCAGGUUGAAUUGAAAAGUUGGUUAAAUUUCCACUACCAUACACAAUAACUGCUUGGCAUUGACUCCUCAGAUUAUUUAGGAGUAAUGAACAGCAAAGUUCCUUCAUCUAAAUGUAAUGAAAAGUGGACGAGAAGUAAUCUGACGUUUAUGUGUGUGUUGAUGUACUUCUGAAAGUGCAGUCCUGCUGGUAUACAUCUAUCUCUCUUUAGUAUCAUUAACAUGCUUUAAUGUGUGAUUAAAAAGUGAUCAUUAAUAAAAGUCUUUCUGCUCACAAA